AUGAUUGCACCUCAAAAAACCAUCCACCAUGUGGUGCUGCUUCGGAAAAAGCCAUUCUUGCUCCAUUGGAAUGUCUUGUUGUUUGUCUUUUUGUAUCCAUUGGUAUCCUUUGCAAUUAAUGCCUAUUUUUUGCCUUCCUUGUUGCAUCAACAGCACAAUGACUCGAAUUCGCAUCAUCAUCACCAUCACCACCAUCAUCAUGAAUCAUAUUCCGAUAAUUUAUUCUUUUAUCAUUUAGUUGGAUUGGGUCCUCUUGCGUUAUUGCAAAUUAUUUCGUUUUUAUCUGCGUAUUGGAAUGUGAAUAUUAAAGCUUUUUUCCAAUAUCGUGCCGUCACAAGCAAGGAAAUAGGAGAAGGAAUUGUAGUGAAAGUAGUACCAAACAAACACAAGGGUUUUGUUGAAUUGUGCCCUCUCAAGUUAAUUAGAGAUGAGAAUGACAAACAAGUGUAUUGUUUUGAGUAUCAGAAACGGAUGUUUAUUUGGGAUGAGACAACUUCUUCCUUCGUACGAAAUCACUUUCCAUAUCAAAGCUUGGAAAAACAAUCGCAAACUCUCAAAGAAUGGAUUAAUAAGAUUGAGAAGCAUGGGAUUGCAGAAAAGGAGUCAUAUUCAAAGCAAAGAAUUUAUGGAAAAAAUCAAUUUGAAAUCCCAAUUCCCAAGUUUUUGGAGUUAUUCGUAGAGCAUGCCUUGGCACCAUUCUUUGUCUUUCAAGUAUUUUGCGUCUUAUUGUGGUGUCUUGAUGAGUAUUGGUAUUAUUCGCUCUUCACUUUGGUAAUGCUUUUUAUGUUUGAAAGCACAGUAGUUAGUUCCAGACUGAGAAACUUGAACCAAAUCCGUCAGAUGGCAACAAAACCUCAAUUUUUACAAGUUUUUAGAGAUGGAAAAUGGGUACAAAAAUCUAGUGUGGAUUUGUUACCGAAUGAUGUGAUAUCUGUGACAAGCCACGCUGAAGAAGAUCAAGUAACACCAUGUGAUAUUUUACUUAUCAGUGGCAAAUGCGUGACUAAUGAAGCACUUCUCACAGGAGAAUCUACUCCGCAAAUGAAAGAAUGUAUACCCAUAGACGAGCUUAAAGAAAGAAAAAAACUGGAUAUCAAGAAUAUUGACAAGGGACAUGUUAUCUUUGGAGGUACAGUGGUGUUGCAGCAUACACCUGGCUCUACGAGUGGUAAAGUUCCACCAGACAACGGUGCUAUUGGAAUUGUAUUGCGAACAGGUUUUGAGACGUCACAGGGCAAGUUAAUUAGAACAAUUCUCUACGCCACAGAACGAGUAAGCGCGAACAAUGUUGAGGCCUUACUGUUCAUUUUGUUCCUGCUUAUUUUUGCGAUAAUUGCUAGCGCUUAUGUUCUCUACGAAGGUUUGAAGAAUCCAGAAAAAAGUAGAUACAAAUUAGCUCUAAAUUGCAUUCUCAUCAUUACAUCUGUAGUUCCACCUGAACUACCUAUGGAAUUAUCAUUGGCUGUCAACAACUCACUCCUUUCAUUGUCAAUGCUAGGCAUUUUCUGUACGGAGCCCUUCAGAAUUCCAUAUGCAGGAAAGGUAAAUGUUUGCUGUUUUGACAAGACUGGUACACUAGUCAGUGACAAGAUGACAUUGAAAGGUAUAAGUCUUUCAGAACAAGACUCUGAUGAGCUCUCCCAAAAACCAAGCGAAAAUAGUAGAGUAGUUUUAGCAGGUUGUCAAUCUUUGAUUGAUCUUAAUGGAAAAGUCCUUGGAGAUCCCAUGGAGGUUUCAGGCUUGACAGGUGUCGACUUCGAAUUGUCUAAAGAUUUAAUUGUGGGAAAGAAUUGCAAGUCUGUGAAAAAUUUGAAAAUUCACAAAAGAUUCCAAUUCAAUUCUGUUCUAAAGAGAAUGUCUACCAUCGUAUUUAUCAACGACAGAAAUGAGGGUAAAUUUGCUCGUGUUCUCGUCAAGGGAGCUCCUGAAUUGCUAAAACCAUUUUUUGUGAAGAGCGAUGUGAACGGAGCUUUGGAUUCAUAUGAUUCUAGAUUCCAACACUUGACUCAAAUUGGAAUGAGAGUUAUUGCGUUAGUUGAAAAAGAUCUCGUUUUUGCAGGAUUUGCUGCUUUCCAAAGCGACAUCAAACCAAACACAAAGGAAACAAUUCUUAAUCUCAAAAACAGUUCUCAUAGAGUAAUAAUGAUUACCGGUGACAAUCCACUGACAGCAUCUCAUGUUGCCAAGGAGUUAGAAAUGAUAAGCAAGCCUCUCCUUACUUUGAAACAAGAUGGUCACAGAUAUUUCUGGUCUGGUUCUCAGAGCUCUGGAUGUGAAGGAAACGUUGAAGAAGAUUUCGAACAAGGAGAGCUUGGUCAACUUGCCAAGAAGUACGACUUUUGUGUGAGUGGUGAACAAAUGGCCAACCUGACCUCACAAGAGAAUGGAAAAUCAAUUCUGGACGCACUUUCUUCAAAUGUGGCUAUCUUUGCUCGUGUUAGUCCAGAGCAAAAAGAAUCCAUUUUAACCUCACUCAAAUCUCAAAACUAUCAAACUCUCAUGUGUGGAGAUGGUACAAAUGAUGUUGGAGCUUUAAAGCAAGCUCAUGUCGGUGUGGCCUUAUUGGAAAACAAACCAAAGAAAGAAAAUGAACAGCAACAAUCUCAACAACACCCCAAUGCUCCUCUUCACAAAAAGAGUGACAUUAUUAAGGAACUUGCCAAAGUCAAUCCUACUGCCAAUCCACAAGCUCAACAAAAGAAAUCGUUUAUGGAACUUUUGAAAGAGAUGAAAGAAAAACAAGAGCAACUUGCCCAACAAGAGGAGGCUAAUCUUGUCAAACUUGGUGAUGCCUCUAUUGCAAGUCCAUUCACCUCACGAAAAUCCACUAUUGAGUCAUGUGGUCACAUUAUUAUGCAAGGACGUUGUACACUUGUAACAACCAUGCAAAUGUACAAGAUAUUGGCCCUAAAUUGUCUCAUUUCAGCAUAUUCCCUGAGCGCACUUUAUUUGGAUGGAGUUAAAUUUGGAGAUUCACAAAUGAUGAUUACAGGAUUUGGUGUAGCCUUGUGCUUCCUCUUCAUUUCGAGAUCCAAACCACUCGACACUCUUUCCAAGGAGAGACCUCAUAUUACUAUCUUCUCACCUUACAUGUUGGCAACAGUUAUGGGACAAUUUGUUAUCCAUUUGACAACGCUUGCAUUGAGCGUACAAGCUGCAAAAUUAGCUGCUCCUCAUGUGUUAUUUGAGCCAAAGGAAGCAGACUUUAAGCCCAAUCUAUUGAACACUAUCGUAUUUAUUGUGACAUCUCUUCAAACUAUUGUCACAUUCGCAACCAACUACAAGGGAAGACCUUUCAUGCAAGGCCUAACUGAAAAUAAGCCACUAUUCAUCAUUUUGUCAGGUAUUGGGCUUUGUGUUUGCUUUGCGCCAGCGGCUUAG